UUUCAAACUGUAUGAUAUUUUGUGACUAAAUCAUUCCUUUGCAAGUGAUUCACAAUUGCUCUCUAAAUCUCAAACAUCUGCGGUGCAUUGAACUGAGAAAAUCGAUCUAGACAUCACGAGCAGUCUUCAUAAACACAACACUAUUUGCUAUGUCUUUUGAAGGUUUCAAUCAUGUCAAGCAAUGAUGACAAAUCAACCACUAAAAGACACCAUGUGGAUGAAUCUCUCAUGCCCAAAGCAAUGCAACAACAAUUUCAGAGGCUAGACAUCAUGUUUGGUGAAAUUAGAGACAAAAUAGAGAAGCAAGAUGUAGCUAUAGCCAAUUUAUACCAAAUACAGAAUGGAAGUCCAAAUUUGCAUAGGAAUGACACUAAUGAUGAUCUCAAUGACGAUUAUGAAGAUGCAUUCAACAAUGAUGCCCAGAACUCAAAUUUCAGCAUGAACAUAUUUAUGAGAGCUAGAGGGAAUCAAAAAGGUAGGUUUAACCGAGGAGAGCAAAAUCUGACGAGGUGGGGAGAUCGGCAAGAUCGUGACUUAGGUAGCAUCAAGAUGAAGAUUCCUCCAUUUCAGGGCAAAAAUGAUCCAGAUGUGUAUUUGGAGUGGGAAAAGAAGGUGGAAUUGGUGUUUGAUUGUCAUAACUAUUCUAAGGAGAAAAAGGGCCUUACUCAAGGGUCCAAAAGAAUUAAGGAUUACCACAAAGAGAUGGAAAUCACAAUGGUUAGAGCGAAUGUGGAAAAGGAUAGACAAGCAACUAUGGCACGAUUUCUGCAUGGCUUAAAUCGUGAUAUAGCUAACGUGGUGAAGCUGCAACAUUAUGUGGAAUUAGAAGAUAUGGUGCAUUUGGCGAUGAAACACAUGAUGAUCUUGAGAGAAGAUGGAGAAAUUGAAACCAAUGGUGAAUUUGAUGAUGAAUCUAUGCCACCAUUAGAAGAUGCUAAUGAUGAUGUGGAAUAUGCCAUUGAUGGAGAACUACUCAUCACCAGGCAAGCUUUGAAUGUGCAAGCCAAAGAAGAUGAUGAAGUACAAUGUGACAAUAUAUUCCACAUGAGGUGCCAUGUCAAAAACAAGCAUCCAAGGCCAUAUAAGCUGCAAUGGUUAAACGAUUGUGGAGAAAUCAAGGUUGAAGAACUCCUAAAGAAGGGGCAUGUGAGAGAAAGCAUGAGUCCAUGUGCAGUACCAAUGCUACUUGUGCCUAAAAAGGAUGGGACUUGGUGUAUGUGCAUUGAUUGUCGUGUUGUCAACAAAAUCACUGUAAAUGGAAAAUUGAUUGGGACAGCACUUAACUAUCCUACAUAUAACAAAGAGACGUACGCAUUGGUAAGGGCCUUAGAAACGUGGCAGCAUUAUCUUUGGCCUAAGGAGUUCGUGAUACAUACUGAGCACAAGUCAUUGAAGCACCUCAAGGGACAGGCUAAGUUGAAUAGACGACAUGCUAAGUGGGUGGAAUUCCUUGAGACAUUUCCUUAUGUGAUCAAGUGCAAGCAAGGAAAAGAAAACAUUGUGGCUAAUGCAUUAUCUCACAUUUACACACUUAUUUCUACUCUGUGUGCAAAGUUAUUAGGAUUUGAGUACAUUAAAGAAUUAUAUGCUAAUGAUCUAGAUCUUGUGACGUGUUUAAUGCAGAGAGUCCGUUCAGCAACUAACUAUUCACCAUUUGAAGUUGUGUAUGGUUUUAAUCCACUCACCCUUUUGGAUUUAUUGCCAUUACCCAUUAAUGAACAAGCUAGUUUGGAUGGGAAAAAGAAAGCUGAAGUGUUUAAGCAACUACAUGAGAGAGUGCGACGAAACAUAAAGCGACGAACUGAGCAAUAUGCAAAUCAAGCCAACAAAGGGCGUGCCGAUUUGAGGACAAAUCCUUUUGAGGAGAGAGGGAAUGAUGGGAAUCAAGAUGACCCCACAUGUACCACAUCAAGAGAUCCAUUACACAUUCCAGGAGGUCCGAUCACGAGAGCUAGAGCUACAAAGAUGCAAAAAGCUUUAAAUGGCCUUAUUGAGCAUAUCUGCAUUGAUAACAACAUGCAACAAGUAAAUCGAAGCUUAGAUGAUUAUCAAGGCAUGGUGUGGCGUCAACCAACUUUAUACCUCUGGUUCUUGUUGCGUUAUAAACAACGGCUCAAGGUUUUUAACUUUGGUUCUUGUUGCGACAUAAACAACGGGUCAAGGUCCUAUUAUAAACCUGAUUUUGGCUUUCCUAGAGUUUAGAAAUCCCUGGUCGUGCUGUGGGUCUCAUUGUUCUCUUCAGGGCUCUCAUCAAUCUAUUUCACCGUUGAAUGUGUCUUUAGGGGCUGUAGGCUUUUUAAGUAAAUCUUCUCCACCGGACAUGUUAAGUAUUUAGGAAAAAGCAGAUGGAAUAAAAGAUGAAACAUGCA